AUGGGAAAUCCCUCUAGAUUCACAGCACCCUUAACCUUCGACUCCUCCCACAAAAUCUCUCUCGCCUACGCCUCCUGCUCAAUCGGCAGCAGCCACUCCGACACCCUGCCCCAGAAACUCGAAGCCAUCAGCAAAGCAGGAUUCUCAGCCAUCGAGCUCUCCUUCCCAGAUAUUCUGGACUAUGGCUCGCGCUUACAGGGCCAUCAUAUCGCCCCGGAGAACUUUGCUGAAGUGAUCACCACAGCCGGGGAGAUUCGAAAACUAUGCGACGCCAACUCACUCAAGGUCAUGAUGUUACAGCCGUUUGCGAACUUUGAGGGCUGGCCUAUCGGGUCGAUAGAACGGCAGGAUGCAUUUGCCAGAGCAGAUGGGUGGAUUGAGAUUAUGCAUGUUGUCGGCACGGAUCUUUUACAGGUCGGCUCAACAGACUCCCCAUCCAACAAAAUAACCACCUCCCGCAGCAAUAUAGUCUCCGACCUCCGCGCCCUAGCCGACAAGCUUGCCAAACGCAACAUGCGCCUCGCCUACGAGAACUGGUGCUGGUCCACACACGCCCCCAACUGGAAAGACGUCUGGGAAAUCGUCAAAGAAGUCAACAGACCCAACGUCGGCCUCUGCCUGGAUACCUUCCAAACAGCCGGCGGCGAAUACGGCGACCCCACCACCGACUCCGGCCUAAUCGAAGACGUUCCCCAAGAAACACUCAAGCACCGCUACCUCGCCAGUCUCGAGGAACUAGCUCGGUCUGUCCCGCCGGGGAAAAUCUACCUGCUCCAAGUCUCGGAUGCGUAUAAACCGUCCAAGCCGAUUGAGGAUAAGACGGUUGGGGGGCUACGGCCGCGCGCGAGAUGGAGCCACGAUUUUCGGCCCAUGCCGUAUGAUGGUGGGUUUUUGCCCAUUGAGGAGGUGGGGAGGGCGGUGCUGAAGACGGGGUUCCGGGGUUGGUUUUCGAUGGAGAUUUUUGAUAACGGGCCUGAGGGGAAGGGGAAGAAAUAUGAGAUGGAGCCGUUUGCGAAGCAGGCGAUGGAUAAUAUGCAGAGGUUUCUACAGGGUUGCUUAGAGUCUUGUUAA